GCUUGUCGAGAGGCCUACAUACACGUCUGCAGGUGGUACAUAGUACUUGCCGACACUUUCUUCCUGACGAACAUCCUUGUUCUUGGGCGAUAUUCAAAUAGAAGACAUACACUCAACGAAGAGAACUACAUCACACUUGGCAUGUCCACGAUCCUUGCGUCCUUAUCCCGCCACACUCUCCGACAACUCAAGUUCAUCCUCCCUGGAGGACUUAUCACAUACUAUUUGAAUACCCAUCAAGAAUUCUUGCGUAUUUAUGAUGUGGAGGGAGGACUAGCACGGACCCUUGCAUCAGCGUCACUGGCAUCAGCUUCUGUCACUUUUGCACUCUUCAUGUACAUUCUUUUAUUCCCAAUAAUCAGAGGAGAACAACCUAACUAUCGUCAUUGGAGGGACUCGGGUGUCUUGUCUAGGGUUAUUCCUAUACUGACCGCGUCUAUUCUGCUGGGUUGGACGUUACUAGCCUACGUCCUGGGACGCUGGUCGAGCCUAGGGUAUAUCGAGGGUGUAAUCGGAGCAUCUGGUCUAUACGCUCUUGCAUUCGGUCUGCUAGGGCUCAUACCUGCACCGAAAGUUUAUCGCCAUUGAGUGAGGUUCCUACGUCAGAUACGGAGGAGGAUCUGUCACCUAUGUUCCACUUGUCGCAGUUUUGUAUUCGUAAUUCAUCAGACUUUGUUGUACAGUGAGUG